AAAUCAAAACACGUGUGAAACCACGCUGAGAUGAAAUUACGCACCGAUGGACAUUGCGCGUACUAAGCUCCAAAGUGGACAGCUGCAAACUUUGAACAGCUUUAAAUAAAACAUUAAAAACAAAAGCCUUAGCAAAAGGAGGCUUUCACCUUGUACUCCGUCCAAAUACGCGAACAUAGCGUGGGAUUUUUAUUUUUUUAAACGCCAGAUGGAAAGGUACGCGCUCUGUAUUUCUGCGUUUCCGAUUUGAGAGGAAUGUACCUGUAGCUGGAGUUGAAGAAAAAAACUUAAUGUGCUCUAGUCCUGAUAAACCCGUAUGUCAUGUGGGAGGAAAAUAAUUUGGCAGAGCCGAACGUUUGCCCUGACCGAGAAGAAAGUCCCGCAGAAGACACUUUUGGAUUUGGGGAUGAUCUGGAGUUAAAUCAGUUCGAUGGAUUGCCCUUUUCCUCGCGUUACUACAAGUUACUGAAGGAGAGGAAAACUCUGAGUGUGUGGAAGGUCAGAUGUCAGUUUGAGGAUGCUCUGGCAAACAACCAGCUGGUUAUUGUGUCCGGGGCAGCAAAGACUGGCAGGAGUACACAGAUCCCUCAGUGGUGUGCAGAGUUCUGUCUGUCUGCCCAGUAUCAGCAUGGUAUGGUUGUGUGCACUCAGACCGACAAACAGCAGGCUGUAGAUCUGGCCUUGCGUGUCGCUGAUGAAAUGGAUGUCAACAUAGGCCAUGAAGUUGGUUACACCAUCCCUCUGGAGACCUGCUGCUCCUCUGACACUGUUUUGAGGUACUGCACUGAUGAUAUGUUGCUGAGAGAGAUGAUGUCUGACCCUUUUCUGGAGCACUAUGGGGUCAUAAUCAUUGACCAGGCCCAUGAAAGGACGGUUAGCACAGACAUUCUGCUGGGCCUCCUCAAGGACAUCCUGCUGCAGAGGCCCGAGCUCAGGGUGGUGGUUCUCACUGUGCCGCCCAUGACAGACAAGCUUCUGAGACACUAUGGCAGUGUCCUGCAUAUCAGUCUAGAGUCCUCAUGCACUGCUGAAGUUGUCCACAGCAACAACAGCAACAAAGACUACUUCUACUCAGCACUGAGACUGGUGCUGGAGAUCCAUCGAACCAAAGAGGGUGGAGAUGUUUUCGUAUUUUUAGGCUCAGCUGAGGAGGUCCACUGUGCCUAUAGCAUCCUCCAAAGAGAAGGGACCAGGUUGGGUGGACAGUUGGGACAAAUGGUACUUGUAGUCCUGUGCUCAGGCCAGGGAGGGCUACUUCCUGUCCUGCCUGAGCAGUCGUGCUGCACAAAGUCCAGAAAGGUUUUUCUCAGUACCCAUCAAGGCGAGGAUGCAUGGUGGGCUACAGAGUCUGUCAAAUUUGUCAUUGACACAGGAGUCCAGAAGAAAAUAGUGUACAAUCCGAGAGUAAGAGCUAGCUCAGAGGUUCUUCAACCCAUCAGUCAAUGCCAGGCAGACAUUCGCAAGCAGCUGUCUGGACCAUCAGGUAAAUGCUUCUGCCUGUAUCCAGAAGCAAGCCUAACUUCUGCAGAGAACUCCCCACAGAUCUUGGAGUCCAACAUUACACCGACAGUUCUUUUCCUCAAAAGGAUGGAGAUAGCAGGCCUUGGACAGUGCAGUUUCAUCGACAGACCAGAUCCAGAGGGUCUCAUGCAGGCACUGGAGGAGCUCGAUUACCUUGCAGCUUUAGACGAUGAUGGCAACUUGUCUGAAAUUGGCAUCAUAAUGUCUGAAAUCCCUCUGGAACCUCAGAUGGCCAAAGCGCUGCUAGCAUCCUGCGAGUUUGACUGUGUGAGUGAGAUGCUGACAGUCACAGCCAUGUUGUCAGCACCAAGCUGCUUUGUGGAGCCGCCUGCUGCCAUGAGCCACGAAGCAGUCCAGUGUCACAGAAAGUUCCAGCACCCUGAAGGAGAUCACUUCACCCUCAUAAAUAUCUACAAUGCCUACAAACAAAACCAGAGGGAACAAUACUUGACUACUGAAAAGUGGUGCCAGGACUAUUUUCUAGAUCAUUCUGCCUUGAGGACAGCUGAUUCCAUUAGAUCAGAGUUGACUGACACACUGAACAGAAUUGAGCUCCCAAUUUCUGAACCCUCCUUUGGAACCAAGACUAACACUCACAACAUCAAAAGAGCUCUGCUGGCUGGAUUCUUCAUGCAGAUUGCUCGAGAUGUGGACGGAUCAGGCAACUACUUCAUUCUUGCACACAAGCACGUGGCCCAGGUGCACCCACACUCCUGCUACGGGGCUCAGUCGCACAAGCUGGGACUGCCUGAGUGGGUUGUUUUCAAUGAGUACAUCCUUUCAGAAAACUGCUUGAGAAUAGUCUCGGAAAUUUCCCCGCAAGUGUUCAUUGAAAUUGCACCACUGUACUUCUUCUACAAUCUGCCCCCUAGCGAAAGCAAAGAUAUACUGCAAGACAUGUUGGACCCAGAGGGAUCCAAAAACCGCAGAGAGAAGAAACAGCAAGCUGCAACAAUAAGUGGUGACGUAAACGGUGGCUGUGCAGCAGUGACACAGACAUAUGACAGAUGUAUGAUUCAGUAAACUGAAAAUCACAAAUUUAGACUGCAAAUGCAUCAAUGCUUGUAAGACAUUUGUAUAAUUAAUACAGUAAAGCUUAAUUUAUUACAUUAAAUUACUCAUGUGUAUUACCCAAUGUUCUUACAGUGCUGAGAAGGCAAAGAGGUCUGUGAUCUAAAAACAAUAUGAGUGAGGGGGUUUCUGCAACUCUGCUUAGGUGUGGACUUUAUCCGUACAUGAUGCAGAUGCACACUGUCAUUUGAUAUACUUCACAAGCAAAAAAAAAAAAAAAAAAAAAAAAA